AAAGGGUGCGUUCGGUGGCGGCGAGUGCGGACGCGAUGUUGACACAAUAUACGCGUUUUUUGCUGCAUGGCAACGAAUUCGAUGGUCGAUGGACGAAAGGCAGACGCUGAUCAACGCGUCGACUUUUCGAAGAUCCAUCGCGCGCUCGCAUGGGUGCAAUGCAGUGAUCAACGCUGAAUCAGUGUUCAUGUCUGAAUCGGAGGGGGGGGGGGGACUCGGCCGACGUCCACGUGGCGAACGUCAUUAUUCGAACGAAAGAUCACGUAAAAUUGCCCGCAGUCCCCUCUCUUCGCCAAUAGCAUCGUGAGCACGUGGUGAUCCACGACGGCUCGCACGGUGGCGGGGCACGACGACGGCCGCGGGGUUCCCGGCGAUUUGCGAACCGCGAAUUCGUGGCAAUCAGAUUACGACGGACAGGUGAUCGCCGCAAAGAGCGAGCGAGCGAGCGCACGUUAGGUGCAUACGCCCGCCCCGCGUCCGUCUCCGCUCUGACUGAGCGGUUUUUCGGCGACGUGUUCCCAGGUGUCCGCGCGAGUCGGAGUCGGUCAGUCAGUCGCGCGCGAGAGAGCGUUUCGGCGACAGACGAGAGCGAAGGUGGUUAACCGCGGCACGCACGUACGCACGGAAGCGAACGGUUCUCGCACGCGAGAAUCGUACCUGAAGCGGCGACCGAGCCGCGCACACGUGCGUGCGCGCGCGGUCGAAGGACCGCGUUUCCGGAGAAAACGCGGUUUCCGCGAUCCCGCGGGAUUGCGACUGGACUUCCCGUUUUCCCGCCGAGCCGACAAUGACAGCCGUGCCACGCCGCGGGUGAUACUACGGGUGCAAUUACGGGGGUCGCCGUGCGAACAGGAGCUCGCGGCAGGAUGGAGUCCACCUGAGGAGGAGGCACCAUCUUUAUAUCGGCGUCGCGUAUCGGUACUGAAGGACGUCCCGAAUCUCGCACGGACCACUCCGAGACAGCAGCAUGUCCAAGUACAACGUCAAGGAGGAGUACGACAUGGAGAACCGCAGGGAAGUCAGGCUGACCGGCUUCAGCAGUAACGCGCUCGACGAUGUUCUUCGCAGCAACAACAAUGAGCCGAAUGCCCCGAAUUCUAAUUCCAGCGGCACGAUCAUCGGCGCCCACGCUAUUACCAAAGACGCGAAAAUCGUCAACCUCGACGUACCGCAAAAUUCCGAUAAGAAUGUCUUGUGCACCUCCGGAAGAAGAUGGCUGCAUCGACGAAUUCGGAACUCGUGCAGGAAAAAGCUGUUAUUCAAAAGGAUACCUAUCCUAGCGUGGCUGCCGAAUUAUCGAAAGGAGUACGUGGUGAGCGAUCUGGUGGCGGGUAUCACCGUAGGCCUCACUGUCAUACCACAAGCCAUAGCUUAUGCUAACGUCGCGGGGCUACCGUUACAGUAUGGGCUCUACUCAUCUUUUAUGGCCUGUUUUGUGUACACGAUUUUCGGCUCCUGGAAGGAUGUACCUGUCGGGCCAACCGCUAUUGCCGCUAUUCUUACGAGGGAGACUUUACAAAAGGCCCAUCUGGGACCUGAUUUCGCUAUAUUGCUCUGCUUCAUCUCCGGUUGUGUUUCCUUAUUAAUGGGCAUUUUACAAUUAGGAUUCUUGUUGGAUUUUAUAUCUGGACCUGUGUCCGUGGGAUUCACGUCGGCAGCGGCGAUUAUCAUCGCUACCAGCCAGGUGAAAGAUAUUCUUGGGCUCAAAGUUGCCGCCACCGAGUUUGUGCAAGUCUGGCGGAGUAUCUUUGAGCAUAUCGGUGAGACGAGGCGUUGGGACACCGCUCUGGGAAUCGCGUGCAUAAUCGUUCUCCUGCUUCUUCGAAAAAUAAAGGACAUACCAGUGGCAAAGAACACCAAAGAACCGACGCAAAUUCAACAAGCCAUCACGAAAUUGCUCUGGCUGAUCUCCACGGCCAGAAACAUUAUCAUAGUGAUCGUCUGCGCGGUAAUGUGCUGGCUCCUCGAAGAGCACUUGGGAGAAUCGCCCGUUAUUUUAACGGGUCACGUGAAGCAAGGACUACCGGAAUUCCGCCUGCCACCCUUCGAAGCCCAGGUCGGCAACGAAACCUACACUUUCGUCGACAUGAUCUCUGCCUUGGGCACUGGCUGUCUGGUCGUUCCUAUGCUGAGUCUGCUGGAAACCAUCUCCAUCGCUAAAGUGUUCUCUGAAGGCAAGUCGAUAGACGCGACUCAAGAGAUGCUGGCGCUGGGCCUGUGCAACGUGGUAUCGUCGUUUGUAUCAUCGAUGCCAGUGAGCGGUGGCCUCAGUCGCGGUGCGGUCAACCACUCAUCCGGGGUGAAAACGACUCUUGGUGGAGUCUACACUGGAUUGUUAGUGCUAAUAUCAUUGCAGUUCCUCACACCUUAUUUAUACUAUAUUCCCAAGGCGGCGCUGGCCGCCGUCAUCAUCGCCGCGGUCGUUUUUAUGGUGGAGUUCCAAGUGGUGAAACCUAUGUGGCGAAGUAAAAAAAUUGAUCUCAUACCGGCCGUGGUCACGUUCCUCUGCUGUCUUUUCAUACGACUCGAGCUGGGCAUAGUGAUCGGGAUUGGUAUAAAUCUCUUGUUCCUACUUUAUGCCACGGCCAGACCGACGUUACGGGUCCAUAAAGCUACGAGUAUUAGUGGCUACGAGUAUCUUGUCAUAACUCCGGAUCGAAGCCUGGUGUUUCCGAGCGUCGAAUACGUGCGAGCCGUUAUUAGCAAGCAAGGAUUGCGAGAGGGAACUGCCGUGCCCGUCGUGAUCGAUUCAACGCAUAUCCAAGCAGCCGAUUUCACCGCUGCAAAGGGUAUCAAAACGCUGAUAGAGGAUUUUACUAAACGGGGUCAGCCCUUAAUCUUCCACAACUUGAAGCCGAGCGUUAUCGAGAUCUUCAAAGGUGUGAAGCCGUCCGGGCUUAUGUGCAGUUCUAGCGAACUCGAGCUCAACGACUGCCUUAAAGAAUACACGAACAUAUCGGCCGAGAGUCUCAAUCGAUAUUGACCGUCGACGAAGAGACGGACGGUUCGGCAAUCUUUUCUCUUUCUUCACGAGCAUCAGUAUUAUUAAGUAAAAACGGUGCGACUGUCGUUAUAGACAGUAUAUUACCGUAAAAAAAUACUAUAAUUUCGCAGAUUUAGCUAAUUGUAUUAAGAAUUUGUAUAUAUGAAUGCGUAUGUAUUUAUGAGCAUAGUUGGAGCCAGUAUAAAAAUUAGCUUUUAGAUCUACACAAUGUGUGUAAAAUUUUUGUACUUACGAAACGCGAACGUUCAAGAGACGUACAUCCCGAUUAAAUUUAUCAGGUAGGACAUGAUAGAGCAGGAUGACUCGAUGUAUUGGCAGUACAAGCAGAAGAGCGAAGUCUGCAGGAAAAAGUAAGCCGCAAAUAGCAAAAGCAAUAUUCUCCUAUAUAUUUAUGUUUAUCCCUCAAAUACAAUAUUGUAAACCGUCUGUAUCUCUCGGGCAUUAACGCUAAUGCUUAGUUCACGCCGAUUUCCCUUGCACCGUCGCUCGGUGUCGCUAUGUAGAAGGUGGGUGUACCGGAGUACCUACAAACAAAAUAUCACGAGAUUAACGACGUUUGUAACACGACGAAAGAACAUCGGACAAUAUAGAAAAUACAGAAAAAACAUUAA